GCCUUUAAAAUGGCGUUGUCAACAAUGAGUACCUAGGUUUCUUAGAUUAAUUGCUGUAUAAACAGUUAUUAUAUUAGUUUUAAAAGUUAAUUUAGUUUUGUUAGAGUUGUAUUAAUUAAAAAUGAAUGGUUUGAGUUUUAGUGAGUUGUGUUGUCUGUUUUGUUGUCCUCCUUGCCCGAGCAGAAUAGCAGCAAAAUUGGCAUUUCUACCCCCAGAACCAACUUACGAAUUUGUCUCCGACGAGAAUGGAAAGUGUAGUUUUACAUUAACCGAUCGUGCAGAAUGGCAAUACUCAGAAAGAGAAAAAGAAAACGUCGAGGGAUUUUUCACGAGGACGAAUCGCGGGAAUCGAAUCGCCUGUUUAUUUGUUAGAUGUAGUAAUACUGCCAGAUUCACAAUUUUGUUUUCUCAUGGAAACGCCGUCGAUCUCGGACAAAUGAGCAGUUUUUAUCUAGGACUAGGCUCAAGAAUCAACUGCAACAUAUUUAGUUACGAUUACUCCGGGUAUGGGGUUAGUGCCGGAAAGCCCUCGGAAAAGAAUCUCUAUGCCGACAUCGACGCGGCAUGGCAAGCGCUACGCACCCGCUACGGAAUUAGCCCCGAAAAUAUCAUUCUCUAUGGUCAAAGCAUUGGCACAGUCCCUACUGUGGACCUAGCAGCGCGAUACGAGGUUGGGGCUGUCAUCCUACAUUCUCCUCUGAUGUCUGGAAUGAGAGUCGCCUUCCCUAAUACCAAGAGGACCUGGUUUUUUGAUGCCUUUCCCAGUAUUGAUAAAGUUCCCAAAGUUAUGUCGCCAACUUUAGUUAUUCAUGGUACUGAAGAUGAAGUUAUAGACUUUUCCCAUGGGCUUACCAUUUUUGAGAAGUGCCCAAGAGCUGUCGAACCUUUAUGGGUGGAGGGCGCAGGCCACAAUGACGUGGAGUUAUAUAACGUGUACCUGGAAAGACUAAAACAAUUCGUAAAUGUGGAGUUAAUCAACUGACAGCUGCUGGGCGCGGAUGACUGCACGUUUAGUUCAGGAACCUCAAGUUCGGUGGAGGAGAAAUUACUCUAGCCCGGGGCAGCGGACUUGGUCAGCCGCCAGUCCGCAACGCCUCUGUACUGCCCUUCACCACACCUCGCCCUGCGCGCGCUUUCCGGCAUUCUGGCUCGUGCCGAACGUCAAUGCAACAGCGCUCGCAGUUCGCCACAUUCCCGCCAAGUGGCAGCGGCGCCACCAUCCAAAGCGCAUUCUCUGCCAGCUUGCAACAGUGUGCCACCAGUAUGCCUUACUGCAUGCCACUGUAUGGUUCUCGAAACUACUUGCUAGCAUUAGUGUAUAUACGAUGUGGACUUUUAAUUAAAUGAUCGGACAAUCUUUCAAGUGAUGCAAUAUUAAAUGUAGUACCCAUCAACGUAACUCUCAGUGUAACUAUACAGUGUGGACUCUUUCUAUGAUGAUAUAAAUUUAUUGAAAAGAAAGUGUUUUAUUUGGUGCAUCGGGCUAAUGUUUAUAAUGUUUAUAUUUAUAAUGUUUAUAUUCCUUUCAUUACUGUUGUUUUUUUAUAUAACUGAAUGCUCGAUUUUACAUUUUCAAUAACAUACAAAUGUCCACCAAACAUCAAAUUUUACUGUACAAAAUUCACAUUUGUAAUAAUGCAAACCCAAUUGUAUGGUUGUUAAAUCGUUAAAUCAAUGAAAUUCAAGUUUCAUAUCGCUGCUGUUUUGUUUAUUAAAGUUGUUUAAUUGUUUUGUGGGCAUGCUGUAUAUUAUUAUUAUUAUUUAGUAGUAAGAAGGCCCCUUCAGUACACUGCCACUUUUUAUGGAAAAACACCCCGAUUUUCAAGGGUAAACUGAAAAGCAGAAAAAAUUGUGAAAACACCCCCGUUUUAAAGGUAUAUUAAAAUAAAUUAACAUUUUUUCAAAGAUUUUACUCUGUUAUAGUAAUAAUAGAGGAUUAGGAUAAUUAUAGAACUACUUAUGUCAAAAAUAGAUAAAAUUUAUUUAAAAGAAUCAUAUGAGUUUGAAAAUUCGGUGUUUUAAAGUUUUAAAAAUUCUACAAAUCAUUUGCUCGAAUUUAUGGGAUUUAUUGAUGAUCUGACGGCUGAGAAAGUUUCCAACUCCUUCUUGAAGGAUAAAAAACGCUAUUCUAAGAAUCACAAACGAUUAAUUAGUUUUAUUAUUUGAUCGAGAAGACCACAUUUAAAACCGAAAACUGUCAAGUCAAAUUUAUCAGAUUUAACUAAUGUAUUCGAAAUAUCAUCAAAUUCAUAAAACAUUUUAUCUUUAAAGAAAUAUAAAUUUCUAUAUCUGAAUGCUCUGCUUAUAUUUGGAGGUAUUCCAGCAAAUAAUUCUGAAAUAAUUUCUUUGAUCUAAACAAACACUCAUCAAACUCAAUAUACAAAACUUUAUCAUAAAAUAUAUAUGUUUUUCCAGAAUAAGUUCUAAAUAUUGCAUCAAUUCUUUUUCCUUUUGGUAUUCCCAAAUUUUCAAUUGACUAUUAUAUCCACUUUUAACAUUAAAACUUGGAAAAAUCAAUUAAAUAAUAUAAAUUUUUAACAACUAUUAAAACAUCACCUGAAGGUCUUUGAUAAAUAUGCGAAAUUUCUUUAAAAUCAUCUGGUAAAAAAUAUAAAUAAUCUUUAAUUAAUUUCGGUUCUUUAUCAUAAGUCAUGUCUUUUAAAUUGACUAACUAAACAUAUUUCUUAUAAAAAAAAUAUACAUAUGAUGAUUUGCAAUUAAAAAUGUGUCAAUUUCUUUAUUAAAAUUACAUAAAUUCACCAUAGGCUCAUGAGUCGAAGACGAAUUACCAACAGUAUCUUUUACUCCGACUUCAGGGACGCUUUGCCAGACUUUGCUUACAGUAGGCUUAACUGUUGUUGUUGUUGUUGUUGUUGGUAUUAAUUCAUAUUUUAAUCGUUCAGGUCGUCCAUAUAAAUAUUGAGUUGUGCAGAUAUCGUCUUGAGUUAAUUUAUCAAUUUCACCUUUAUAAUAGGCGUACAUAAUUGAAUUAUUAUUUGCAGAAUGUUCAAUACCUAACGUGUGUCCGAUUUCGUGUAAUAAAACAGUAUAAAAAUUAAUUUGAUCAUCAGGUGUAUUGCUUGAUUCACCAAAAUACCAAUUUUCUGAUUUAUCAAAAUGAAUUCCUAAACAUUCAUUAUUAUUUGGAAAGAAGCCAUGUGCUAAGACAUUACCUUUUCCGUCAAAACUGCUAGAACAUAUUCCUUUUUGACACCGUGAAUUAUGAUUAUGUUGAAACAGCGUAUUAGAAAAUGAAAUAAGUAUGUCCGGUUUAACACUAUUGUAAUUAAACUUUAAAUUUGAAACAGAUUCCCAUUGAUCAAAGGCUUUUUGUGCUAAUUCURUCAUCUCGUUUGUAYCUAYCGAAAAAUACCAUUUAAGAUUUGUUUUAUUCCAUUUUUGAUAAUGAACUCUAUAAGCUGRUGGAUUAUCUUUAACGCCACAUCUAGGUUUACUGAUAAAUGCAAGUGUUUCUUGAUUUAAUGUUCCAUCAGUUGGUAAAUUAUAGAAUUCUUGAAACCUUAUUAAUGCUUCAUUGCUAUGCGAAGCACUAGUCAAAGACGUUUCUGUCAAUAAUGAUCCAGUAUUCUCUAAAUACCCAAAUUGUUCUAAAUAACUUGUAAUAUUAAUAUCAUCUGAACUUUUUACAGUAGUGAGAAAUAAGAAAAGAAUAAUAUAUUUCAUUUAUCAGAGUAAAUAUCAAAUUAAACAAUUGGAAUAUCUUCAAAAAUAAUUAUAUUACAAAAACAAUCUUCGCAUAAUCUGUAGACUUGAAGAUCAUAUUAUCUCUUUGUAGAAACACUCUUUAUUUUUUAUCAAGAAAAUAUGAAACAGCGUCAUAUAACUUAUUAAUUUUUGAUGGAUCUGAAAAUAAAUAACAUCGGAUAAAUAUAACUUCAACCUUCCUUCUAAAAUAAAGAAUAAUCCAUUAUCUGAUUUACUUAUAGCAGUAAUUUCAUAGCACUUAUCAACCUUUAAAUCAAAUAAUUUAAUUUCCGUUUAAGUGGACUUUUUCUAGGUAUUUCUCUCUGGGAAAAUAAUUAAAAUUACUGACAAAUUCCUCUUCACGUAAAUUUAUUUCUUUUUCAUUUAUUUUAUCAGCCUGAUAUAAAUGCAAUAACUGUCUAUAAAAUUUAUAAAUUAACUUAUAUUCUUCAAUUCUUUCUGAUAUUUUUAACCUCUUAUCUAAGAUUUCUAUUAGCCCCGUACCAAGAGAUAACAAACUAGUGGAGGUAGGGCUAACGAAGAUAAUCCCGAUGCAGUAAAUAAUAAUUUACUAAUAGAUAAUCCGAUUCCAAUUUUAUAAAAAUAUAUGUAACUUUUUUUGUAUACAUACAAGCGUUUUUGUAGAUAUUUUUCCAUUUAUAACAUAUAGAUAAUAUAUAAUUUUUUAAUUAAGUUCAAAUAUUGAAAUAGUAGAUAUUAUCACGAGUGAGCAAAGGCGAAUCUUUUCUCAUUUAAACGACACGGUAUCUGUUUAAAAGAAUAUAAUAUAUCAUAAAAAUCUUUGCCUCUGUUGACAUUAAUUAUCACAUAUAUACAGUAAUGACCACAUAAAACAGAAGAAUUCAUUUGUAACUGCGUGCUAUUCCACGCAAUAUUUUUUCCGCUACUUAAUAAAUAUUUUUUAAUUUUUUCUGGUGGAGAUAUUCCAAAACUGUCAAAAUAUAAAAUAUUUCUUAAAUGUGGUUUGUUUAUGUAACAUACCCAGUGUGAGCCAUAACAAUUAGAGGGUUGAAAAUUAAUUAUACCUGAUUCAUCUUUUCUAAUUUUUUUGGUAACAUGUCAAUUGCAAAAACACCUCGAAAAUUUCGCGUAGCUUCCUGUGGCAAACCCGAAUUUUUCUCAUUUUUCAUAAUAUCAGAUAUUUCUAUAUUACUUAACCUCUUUUUCCUAUCAAUUUUAUUCCUUGUGCAUUUGUCUUCGUCUUCGACUCUGGGCAGGCCUUGCCUGUCUUCGGGUUUUUGUGUUUUUUUUUAUUCUUUUUUAUACCAUCUCCAAAGGCUUUUUGUGCUAAUUUAGUACCAGCAUAACCAGCUGCGCCUAAUCCCAAUGCUUUGGCUACAGCUAAUGCCGUAGGAAUUAAAGCAGGUAAAAAUCCGCUUACCUGUGUUGGAGAAAAUUUAAUAUCACAAUAUUUUUGCUUCUCCUUUUUACACUUUUUAAUUUUAUCAACUUGUUUUUCUCUUAAUUUAAUAGUAUUAUUAGGUCUUUCCGUUAUAUUGAAUCUUAUAUUACAAUCUAUUCUUUUUUCUUUACAACUUUGGAGUUUCUUUUUUUGAUUGGGUGAUAAAUAUACUCUAUAAUCAUUCAUUGACUCAGUUAUUUAUUUAAUUAAAAACUCGGCAAAACCUCGUCUACUUCAUUUCCAAAUAAAUCUUUUCAUCUAUAAUAUUCAUAUUUGCAAUUCUUUGAGAUUCAACUACGGCAUAUAUAUAGUAAUUAACAUUUUGAUAAUCUUUUAAUGAACUUCUAGUUCAGGUGAUUUUGUUUUACUAAAUAAAUUUUCAUCGUUUUCUAUUGUUACAUCAAAAGCAACAACUAAAUAGAGGUUACUUAAUGUAAGAAAAUUUUCCAACACAAAAGCUUCAACAAAAAUAUUUAGUAGUCGUGGAUAAAGUAUAGUAUACUACUCGCGUGUAAUGGUUAUUAUUCACGAGGUGAAGUUUACGCCCACGAGCCGCAGGCGAGUGGCGUAAAUCACCGAGUGAAUAAUACCCAUCAUUAUACGUUCGUUGUAUGAUAUACUAUUAUUCUUUCUACAUUCAUAUUAUCAAAAAUCAUCAUUGUCUUGGUAAAAUUAUUGUUUCGUUCAGCUCUAGAAAAAACUAUAAAAACUGUAGAUAUUUUAUUUUGAUUAUUUCCAACGCGCCAGUUUCCACUUCCAGAAGACCACAAAUUACUUCGGUAACAGUUAAGCGCAUUCCAUCCACAAAGAAAGUUAGAUUUGCUCACUAAUAAUGAAGAUAAUAUUUUUUCAGUUUCUAAUGAGGGUUUUACUAUUGGGAUCCACAAACUAAUAUCAGAUAUUUCAUAAUCAUGAUUUCCAUCAACUUUAGCGUGUAAUAUAUUUUUCACCCUAUUUUUACGUAAUUCAAUGCGAAUUUUUCCAUUCAAAACUUUGUUACAGUCUCGUACAAAUCGGAAAAUUUUAGAUAAAGGAAUAAAUUUUGUAAUAGUUUUUUCAUCUUUUGUUAACAACUAUCUCUUUGGAAUGUUAUUUAUCAACAUAAAAGUUGCUCGAUUUGAUUUUCUGCAUGCAACGUAUGCAACUAUUCAUACAUAAUAUAUUAUCCUUUUUUUUUAAUAAACAAUGUAAGUGUCAAAAUAAUGUCUCAAUUUUCCCUUUUAAGGCGAUAUGAGCUACUUUUAUACCCGAUUUUGACACUGACAUUGUUUAUAACGGAUAAUAGGUUUAUUCAUUAUGUUUUAUUCAUUUUAUAGGAGGGGAAACUCGUCUGAUUCCAGAACAUCAACAUUAGGAAAUUAAAAAUUAAAUUAAAAACUUUUUUGUAUGAAUAAAAACAUUAAGUAAAAUCAGUUGUCUAACUGUAUAUUCUAUUGUCUGUGGUUGAGGCAUAAAUGUUCAAAAUUAAAAACGGUAAAAUCAGCAAAAAAACAAAGUGUUCUGAGGGGGGCCUUCUAAAUUUCGCACUUUUUGAGUUACCUUGAAAAUCAGGUUGUUUUUCUUAAAAAGAUAGAUUUUCCAGACUAAUACAGGGCUUUGAAAACCGGAGGUGUUUUCACGAUUUUUUCUGCUUUUCUUUUACCCUUGAAAAUCGGGCUGUUUUCCUUAGAAGUGGGCAGUGUGCAUAGGGGCCCUUAUACUACUUUAUUUAUUGCCCUUAUUUGUUGUGUUCAAUAAAAUAAUAGGUGAUUCAAAAUAUAUUUAAGACAGGUGGACUAGUUGUUAUGUGGGGUACUCUACUAGUUCGCUUUUGUCCUAAUUAUUUUAUUGUAACAUAAAACUAAAAAUACUUUUUAAUACAUUUUUAUUAACUAUGGUAAAUAAUUUUCUAAGUACCAUAUUUGAAUUGUUUUAUGCAACAAUCCAUUCGCUGAAACAAAAUGCGAAACAAUCGUUUUUUGUUCAUUAAAAAAGCUUUAAAUUAGCACCAGCACAACAUAUUACCGAAAAUUGCAUAAAACAAUUCGUGUAUGAGAAUAUAGGCAAUUUUUUAUAAAAUGAAAAUACUUGUAUUAUAUCAUUUAAAUUAUUUUUGUUAUUUUUUGUGGAAUUAGUAAUCUUUGAUACAUAUCAUUUUGCAUUUAUAAAUAUAGAGUAUGUAAGGUGGCAUUUUUUAAGUUUUUGUAUUUGCUCUGUUGAUGAAAGUGCAAGAUUUUAGCUGAGUUGUCAAAUUGCCCUAAACAUCAACUUUUAGUUUCCGAAAAAUUAAAAUAAAUAUAUGAAAACAGUAUUUAUACGAU